AUGACACUCAACUCCUUUGUGAUUGUCACAAGUAGUGGAAAAACACUCAAUGAGCCCUCGAAAAUAGACUUGAGUGAGAAAAUUCUCAGAGCUAAAGCAAAGAAGGGGUUACCUCAAAGUCGAGAAGAAAAUGAUGAGAAAGAGAAUCAGGAAAGUAACAAAGAAGUGGUUGAGGCUAAAAAGCCACAAAGUGAAGCAAGGCCCAUAAUUCAAGCAAUCCAAGAGAUCCUGAGAUACGCUAAGUUAAGGAAAAAGUUGAUGCCCAAAAAGAAGCUUGUCAAAGGUGAAAUCAAUGAGGUCACUAAUGGGUACAGUGAUAUCAUGGAUAGUAAGGUUGCAAAAAAGAAAGAUGACCCCAGAGCGUUCACCAUUCCUUGCAUAAUUGGGACACACGUGUUUGCCAAAGAUCUAUGUGACCUUGUUGACAAGUUUAUACUUCGAGCGGACUAUGUGGUAUUGGAUUGUGAAAUAGACCAAGAGGUCCCUAUUAUCCUUGAUCGUCCUUUCUUGUACACCAGAAGAGCUAUUAUCGAUUUAGAGAUGGGGGAAAUAAAGUUUAUGGUACAAAAGGAUGAGGUUUCAUUAAAAAUUUUCAAGACAAAAAAAUGUACCACAAAAUUUUACAUUGUGUCCGUGGUGGAUGUUGAGAAUGAGAAGGUGAUUGAGGAGGGGCUUUAG